GGACACCAUUAAAGAUUAUCUGAUGCAAAUGAACAACUCAAAACUAGUAGAUGCUGCCAGUCAUAGGUACAAAGAUCCCCGUUCCAUCAAAUGGACUUUUGUUGAUGAUAGAAUUCCCUUUAAAAGUAAGAAGAGAUUACAUCUUAAUAAGAAAAUUUUCAGAGUUCCGAGAGGUUCAACAGUUGCAGCUGAUACGUUCAACGGACACCUUCCAGAGAGACCGCAGAGGAAAGUUAACUCAAAGAAAGCUUCUUCUAUGCUCAGAUCACCUCGGGAUCGUUAUAAGUUACCUGAUUUGAGCUCGACUUGAAGAAAUUCAAAGAAAGAUCUGACUCUUUCUGUCAAGAGAAAGAACUACUCUAAUGCAAUUAAAUUGAAGAAUCUAGCGUUGAGCCAAGCACCGGUAUCAGGGUUGCAGUUAUACUUACCAUCUCCAAGAUUAGCGCCUACUGGCUCUCCGAGUAUUAACUUUAGCCUGUUUGACAGUAAGCAGCAAAGGAAGUUAGAAAUCCCUCUUAGAGGAUCUAAAUAAAAGAAUUAUUCAAAUUGCAAAGCAGAAGUUGGUACAAAAGAAAGCCCAGGAGGAACAUAACUCAAACACUUUUGUAACUGGCAAGAAUAAGGAAUCUACCUCAUCGAUGGAGAGGAAUAAUGAUAAACAUAUUCGUACUCACAUGGUCAAAGAUAUAAAAAAUAGUGUUCAAGAGAUACUUAAUCGGCAUCUCCAGCCCCCUCCUGAGUUUGAUGAGUCUGUCUUCCACAAGCGGAGUAAAAGUGACGCUCAAAUGCCUGAGAAAUACCACCAUCGAAAGAGCAUGCCUAAGGAGGAUCAGUCUGAUUCUACAAUCACAAUUCAUGAUGAAUCGGAUGAUUUCAUGCAGAAGCAAUUGAAAUUGCAGAUAAAUCCAAAGAAGGCUCUUGAGAACCCUGAAUUUGCAUAUUUUGCGAAGAAAAAGAUGAAAGAUUUUAAUAAAUAUGCAGAGAAAAUUCAAAAACUUUCUUACAUAGAGUGCAAGGACAACCUCAUAGAUUACUUAAACAAGAAUUCAGUCUACCGCAAGACCAUUAAAGAGCGGACUCUUGAUCCUUAUGAACUGAGGCAAUUUAAUAAGAAGCGUCAGAAGAAGAUGAAACUACUAAAACGCCCUUCUAUCAAAAAGAAGCCUCCUCAGAUGUAUGCAAAGACAGGAGAGAUCAGGCUUAGAGAUGUCUCUCCUACUAAGUUAGCGAACAAGAGAUUGUUGAUGGAGGAGUAUGGCAAGUGGUUUAACCAACCAGGUGAAUUUAAUGAAGCCCUUUAUCAAAGUUCGAAGACCAAAUAUAUUUUAUAAUGAAUUCUAUCCGGA